CUGACGUGGUGGUGCUGUGUUUCUCACUGGCCAACCCUAACUCCCUGCGUCACGUGAGGACCAUGUGGUUCCCCGAGAUCAAGCACUUCUGCCCCCGCACCCCCAUCAUCCUGGUGGGCUGCCAUCUGGACCUGCGCUACGCCGACCUGGACGCCGUCAACCGCGCCCGACGGCCCCUUCGCCAAACCAUCAAGCCCACCGACAUCCUUCCCCCGGAGAGAGGCCACGAGGUGGCCAAGGAGCUGGGAGUGCCGUACUACGAGACCAGCAUCGUGGCCCAGUUCGGGGUCAAGGACGUCUUCGACAACGCCAUCCGCGCCCUCAUCUCCCGCGGCCACCUCCAGUUCUGGAAGUCCCACCUGAAGAGGGUCCAGAGGCCCCUCCUGCAGGCCCCCUUCCUGCCCCCCCGCCCCGCCCCGCCCGUGGUGGGCAUCCCCGACCCCCCGCCCACGGACGGCGAGGCGCCCGACUCCCUCUUCUGCCAGCCCCACUGCGCCGACGUCCUCUUCCUCCUCCAGGGCGGUGCCACGCGCGUCUUCGCCCACAAGGUCUACCUGGCCACGUCCUGCUCCAAGUUCUACGACCUCUUCACGCUCGACCUCGGCGACUCAGGCUCGGGGGAGGUGCGGGAGGGCGAGGGGGCGGAGAGCAGCGAGGAGGACGAGCAGAGCAGGAGGGGGGCCAAGGAGCAGGCCGGCCGCACCAAGAGCCUGGAUAUCGACAAGGAGGGCUGCGAGGGGGGCGCCCGGGGCCAGAAGCGGCCCCCCUUGCUCCAGCAGGGCUCGUUGAGGACUUCCCAGAGCGACAACGCCCUGCCCGCCAGGGUGCAGUGGGCGGGCCGCGCCCUCUCAGGUUGGGGGAGGGGCUUCCUGAGCGUGUGUCUGGAGCACGUGGACGACCCCAUGACGGGACGGCCGCGUCACAUGACCGUGGUCGCCAUGGACGGCCUCAUACAGGAAGAGCCCUUCCAGGCGGUGCUCCAGUAUCUGUACACAGGAAGUCUGGAUGAAGGCCGCGGUGACUUGAUGCAGGUGGCCACCAUCGCUGAGCUGCUGGAGGUGUUCGACCUGAGGAUGAUGGUGGCCAACGUGCUGAACCGCGAGAGCUUCAUGAACCAGGAGAUCACCAAGGCUUUCCAUGUGCGCAGGGCCAACCGCAUCAAGGAAUGCCUCCACAAGGGAACCUUCGCCGAUGUGGUGUUCCAAUUGGACGACGGCUACCUCCCGGCCCAUAAGCCUCUGCUCAUUUCCAGCUGUGAUUGGAUGGCUGCCAUGUUCCGUGGCUCCUUCAUGGAGAGCUACAUCAAGGAGGUGCCCAUCCCAAACAGCAGCAGUGCCUGCAUGCGAGCUGUGCUGGAGUUCCUCUACAGCAGCCUGCUGAUCCCCUCUCCCACCCUCGAGCCCAUGGAGCUCAUCGUCCUGUCCAAUCGGCUGUGUCUUCCGCGCCUCGUCGCCCUCACCGAGAAGCACGCGGUGGAUAAGUUGCUCCAGUGGAGCGUAAAGGGAAUUGAUAUGGACGGACAGGUGCUGGGGUACCUCGAGCUGGCGCAGUUCCACAACGCCAAGCAGCUGGCAGCCUGGUGCCUCCAUCACAUCUGCACCAACUACAACAGCGUGUGUCGCAAGUUCCCCAAAGAGAUGAAGAACAUGUCUCCAGACAACCAGAGGCACUUUGAGAAGCAGCGCUGGCCCCCGGUGUGGUUCCUGAAGGAGGAGGACCGCUACCUGCGCUCCCAGAAGGAGCGCGUGCGCGAGGAGGAGAUCCUGCGCAAGCAGCACACCAAGAGAGGCUGGUGCUUCUGGAGGCAGCCGUCCUCCUCGCCUCACGUCUCCUGAGGAGGAGCCGCGACCCGCCUCCCCCCCCCCUUCCUCGGGCCCUCCGCCUUCCCGUCUCGGCUUCUCAUCCGAUACGGGACGAGCUUUCAGCCCACUAACUGCCCGCCCGUCGCCCCCCACCACAUGCGGGAGGGCCCCUCUCCUUUCCUAGUGUAUGUACGUGCAGAUUUUCUUUGGGUCGGGGGGGGGGGGGUGUGUCCCCGACCCAACCACUCCCCACCUCCAGCAUAGCUCCACCCGCCUACCAGCACCCUCUCCACAGCUGUGCCCAACCCUGACCUCUGCUGCUCGGCACCUCACUUCCCUCCACACUGACGCGCCAGAGCUUCCAUGCCGACCACUACACCCAGGAGCUGGGCCUACGCUCGGGGUUAGGGAGCUUUUAUCGUGUUUUCGUUUUUUUUCAUCCGCCCUCCUCGGGUGUUUGAGGACCAGGACGAUCAAAACAGAGGCUUGGGGAUCGGACGUGUGGCUGCGUUUCUCUGAGUCUCAACCAUCAUCUGUUCUCAGCCUCCUGUCCAAACGCCUUUAUUUUGAAAAGCCCCCCCCCCCCCCCCCCGUGGUGUUCUUUUGAAGGGGGUUCGACCCCAUCCUGCUGUUUCCCUCCGUUUGUAUCGUGUGAGGGUUGGGUUCGGGGGAGGGGGUGUCUAGGUUCUGGUACCGGCCUCCACCCAACAUCACCCCCAGAACACCAUGAGAUGACAACAGUGUUAAAAUGUACCAAAUCUCCAUCGAAUCAACUGAACUUUGAACAGGAAGGAAGGCUAAUUGUAUUCCCGCACCACUGCCCGCAGGAGAACCCAGUGGUCCGAACGGUACUGUACAGAUUUGCGAGCCCUACUUUUGCUUGUAGAAGCCCCCUCAACCAGCCUGCCUUUACACCCCCACACCACAGGGGGCAGCACUGCUCAGGGUACCAGCACGAACCCUCACUGGGAGCAAACAGGAGUUUUUUCCCGCCCUGUGUGUUUUUUCUAUAUCCCGCUUUUGUGUCCGAGGUGAACUGUAGCCUGUCACGUUCACACUUUGGGCUUUUGAACCGACGUCCUGAGACCAGACCACGGCUGUCAUUGUUCAUUUGAUGCCUCGUACCAAAAACCAAGCUGUGACUCUCUCUUUUUCCUGUCACUCGUAUCUCUCUCCCCGACUCCCAUCCCGCAGAGAGGGGAUGACGAGGCGGGGAGAGAGGGAUGAGGGAAGGGAGAUCGACCAUGUUGACACGUCGACCCCCUCAGUGGUGUAGUCGUAAAGUGCUACUGGAUGUUGCCUUCAACUCCUCUUGCUAAAGUGGUGCUCAGGAUUUCUUCAAUAGGACUGACACAUACACACACACACACUUAACCUCUGUGAUUUAUGUCAGUUUUGUUUCAGAUGUCCCCCCAGCCCUUCUUCAGUGUUAACUUGCAAGGAAAGUUCAAGUCCACUCAAGUGUUACAGAAUUCAAAUGUGAUGCACAAUAAGUGUUCUUCUGUCUUUUGGGGGUUUCUUAUAUUAUUAAGCUUCAGAAAGUUUGAGUUUUUUCUCUUUUCCAAAGGUUUGUAGCAGUCUGAUAGUGAUAGUAGUCGGUAAAUACAUUCAUGAGGCAAUUAUUUCCAGUGUUGGUCAUUUCAUGAAGAGCAUAAUGAAAUGAACAUAGGUUUAAUGCAGUAUUAGACCAAAUAUUUCACUUGCUUUUUAAUUUCUUAGACUUCUCGUGGACUGCCGUUGUUUUGAAUAAGGCGUGUGUUAUAUUAAUGAACUGUUAACAAAGAUGAUGAUAUUGAUUUACAAUGGAACUGCAUCUCUUUUGGUAUGUAUGCCAAGGAGUUUGAUAUUGAACUGAAAAUAACAUUUGUGCUUGAGGAGUAUGCAAUAUAACAGGGGUAUUGGGACAGCAACUAAAUUAAGCGAAUGCAUUUAGUGCUAUUUUGUCUCUUUUUUCAUAAGGGUGCUAGUUUUGAAGGCUUUUGGAAUUGAAUGUCAAAACGCAACAUUUUUCUAUUUGUGGGUUUGAGAUUUCCUCCCCCCGGGUUUACCCAGGUGACAGUGGGAGCCGGAUAGCGUGAGACGUGUUCCGCCGCUCUUCACGAGAGGCGUGUCGGAGUCAUCAACAGCUACCGAAAUAGACGUGAGAUAGGAUCUCACGAGACCCAAGCGCGAAUUGGGCUGAUUCUUAGCAAGAGAGAGAUAGUGAAGAAGAAAAAAAAAAGAAAACCCAACAUUGUUUUCCACCCUGGAAAUAUCUAGAACAUCUUUAGUGUGCCUUGAAGGAGCUUGUAUUGGAUGGCGAUGCACUGACCAAACUCCACAAGCUCAGCAGGAGACAAGAAGCUGUCGGUGCAUUAGUCUUCCUAAUGGUUGUCAUGGCCCACAAACACUUCCUGCUUGGUCACAUGUCCUAGUUGGAACAAGAUUACUAGUAUCCGAUGACAGUUCUAGUGAAGGCUAGCUGUAUGAAGAAGCAGACAGGUUCUGCAGAAGAUGACACGGAUAGCAGAGCUGAUGGAUUCAGUCUCUGUCGAUGCUCCACACGAUAUCAUCCAGCGAGGAGCAGGCCUCUACUUGGCGCUUAAAGCCCAUGUCCGAGCCUCUCUCUGGGGGAAACAGACCCCCUUAAGUCCUGGUCUGCUCGUCCCUGCCUGGAGACCUAAAGGACAACAUUAGACACCGCUGUUUCUGAGGGAAAAGCUUUUUUUUCUAUUGGGGGGAAGG